AUGUCGAGCGCUCCGUUACUUCAAAAGGCUCCCGGCAAGAAGAUCGCGCUGCCUACGAGAGUCGAGCCCAAAGUUUUUUUCGCCAAUGAACGUACUUUUCUGUCUUGGCUGAACUUCACAGUUACCCUUGGAGGCCUGGGAAUAGGUUUGCUGAACUUUGGCGACAAGGUGGGCCAAAUCAGUGCGGGUCUUUUCACGCUUGUCGCGAUGGCUACCAUGGUCUACGCCCUGGUCACGUACCACUGGAGAGCGUCUGCCAUCAGACGCAGAGGCUCGGGCCCAUACGACGACAGACUGGGGCCUACGGUGUUGUGUUUCUCGCUGUUGAUAGCCGUUGUUGUCAACUUUAUCCUCAGAAUCAAAUACCAAUGA